UCCAAGUCCAUUCUAUAUAUACCUCCCAAUACCCUAAAUUAAAUCAUUUCUCUGUCGAUCUCUGUAAGGAGAGUAGAGAGUACAUUAACAAUGGCGGCCCCUCCUCCGAAUGUAGUGCCCAUAGCCUACCAGGGCGGCACGUCGCUGGCCGUGCCAGACUGGCUGAACAAGGGGGACAAUGCCUGGCAGAUGAUAUCGGCCACGCUGGUCGGCAUGCAGAGCGUUCCGGGCCUCGUGAUCCUCUACGGCAGCAUAGUCAAGAAGAAGUGGGCCGUGAACUCGGCUUUCAUGGCCCUCUAUGCCUUUGCGGCCGUGGUCAUCUGCUGGGUCACCUGGGCCUACAAGAUGUCCUUCGGGGACCGGCUCCUCCCCUUCUGGGGCAAGGCCGGACCAGCCCUUGGCCAGAAGUUCCUCAUCAAGCAGGCUGUCCUCCCGGAGACCACGCAGUACUAUGACAGCGGGGAGGUCGAGACCCCGGUUAUUGCCCCGUUCUAUCCUAUGGCCUCGAUGGUGUGGUUCCAGUGCAUGUUCGCCGCCAUCUCUGUGAUACUGCUCGCGGGAUCCGUCCUCGGGAGGAUGAACAUCAAGGCCUGGAUGAUGUUCGUGCCACUCUGGCUGACUUUCUCGUACACCGUCGGGGCAUUCAGCCUGUGGGGAGGCGGCUUCUUGUUCCACUGGGGCGUCAUGGACUACUCCGGUGGCUACGUCAUCCACCUCUCCUCCGGCAUUGCGGGCUUGACCGCCGCGUAUUGGGUGGGACCCAGGUCGAGCGAUGACAGGGAGAGGUUCCCACCAAACAAUGUGCUGUUAAUGUUAGCAGGGGCGGGGCUGCUGUGGAUGGGCUGGGCGGGGUUCAAUGGAGGGGACCCUUACACUGCCAACAUCGACUCUUCCAUGGCCGUCCUCAACACCAACAUCUGCGCAGCCACCAGCCUCCUUGUCUGGACUUGGCUUGACGUCAUCUUCUUCAACAAGCCCUCCGUUAUUGGAGCCAUCCAGGGCAUGAUGACUGGCCUCGUCUGCAUAACACCCGGUGCAGGUCUUGUCCAAGGAUGGGCUGCUAUAAUAAUGGGAAUAUUGUCGGGCAGCGUCCCAUGGUUCACCAUGAUGGUCGUGCAUAAGAAGUGGACCCUCCUCCAGAAGAUUGACGACACCCUCGCCGUGUUCCACACCCAUGCUGUCGCCGGCUACCUUGGUGGGAUUUUGACGGGCAUCUUCGCCGAGCCCGAGCUAAGCACGCUCUUCCUGCCAGUCACCAAAUCCAGGGGAGCUGUUUACGGGGGCUCGGGUGGGGUCCAGAUCCUCAAGCAGAUAGUGGGCGGGGCAUUCAUCAUCGGCUGGAACAUAGUUGUCACGUCCAUAAUAUGCCUCGUGAUAGGCCUGGUGAUACCACUGAGGAUGCCGGAAGAAGAGCUUCUCAUAGGGGACAAUGCCGUGCAUGGGGAGGAGGCCUAUGCUCUUUGGGGCGAUGGAGAGAAGUACAACCCGACGAGCCAUUCGGUCUAUGCAGAUGACACAUUACACUCACACACAUCUACUGGUGCUACUCAAGUAGUGUAGGCAUGCGUAACAAGAUUAUCCGAGGUGGAGAUCAUCUCUCGAUGAAAGACCGUGGCAAGAAUGAGGGGAUAAACUUCACUAUAUUUAAUGGGUUUCUAUGGAGUGCUCCAUGUACACUCAAACUCAAAGGCCAAGGUGCUGCUAGGCAUAGUCAGCGAGCAAAACUUGAAUUUAUCACUACAUUUGUGUAUAUAAAGUAAUUUCUCGUCCUCUUGAUGAUGCUGGUCAUCUCAGGACUGCCCAGGAAUUUGUUCAAGCUCGCAACGAGGACUGUUAACUUGUCUAUGAAGAAAUGGUGCAAUGUCCUCUGAACUAAGCCGGAUGAGGGCUGUAUUAAAAUUAAUACAAAUGGAGGUUUUAGAUAA